AUGCCCGCCUCCCUCUUCUCGACAACCCUCAUAGCCGCUCUGCUAUGGGGCGUGCUUAUCGGAAAGAGCGUUCAGGCGGGAUACCUGAGCGUGAAUAUGACGGAAGCUACACAGUGCGAGAGAGCAACAGUAGAAUGGGAGGGAGAUGAUGGACCCUAUCACCUGCUUCUGACACCUACUGAAAUAAAGCAGCACGGAUACAACGUCUGGGUAGAGUCAAUACCAGCGGGCACGAACAAGUACACACUCGACAUCAAGCAGCCAGCGGGCCUGCAAUUCAUGUUGACCAUGUGGGGAGCGUCGGGGAUCAGUUAUGCGGCUACGACAGACGUCAUGACCGUUGCGACGUCGAGUACCGGCAAUUCUUCUUGCUUCUUGUCCGAUGACCAAAUACUUAACCUCUACUCCUUCUCGUUCACUUUGGACACUGCCUACGACGAUACAUAUCCCCCGCAAUGUUCCAAUAUCUCGCUCUCAUGGCCUACAUCACUAGAGUCCAACGUUACUUCAGAUGUCGCCAAGCGAGACCUUGCGGGACUGGACAAAGUAGCUGAAAGAGACUCCUCUGUUGAUCUUGAGGAGCUGGCGCUCUCCUCCAGCGACCACUCUGGCAAUACGACCAGUCCCCCGACCCUCUUUGGUGUCAUUCCCCUCGGCAAUUCCUUUUCCAUCCCCAUCACCUACGCCACUACUUCCACAUUCGCCAGUAGCCUCCCUGCUUCAUCGCUCUCCGACAACCCCACUACCAACACCUCGAAGGGAACUACCUACCUCGACUGGACUGUCGAUAUGGCCAAGGGCACGCGGUUCUUACUCGUUGCUGGUAUAGGGAGUGAGCAAAGAUGGGCAAGUGGAGGGAGUAGCAAGAUGUUUACGGUUGGGCAGGGGUCCACGGGGUGUGUCGGGAGCGAGCAAGGGAGUGAUGGUGUGCCGAGUGUGACUGCAUCAGAUGGUACUGCUACCGCGACUACGACAGUACCUGCUAAUCCGGGCGGCUCCAAUGGCUCUGAACUGAGCCCCACCGUCCGUACGGCCGUGGCUGCCAUAUGCUCCAUCCUUGGCACCCUCGUCAUCGUAGGGCUGGUAUUCUUUUGGCGUCGCCGCAUGCGCAACAAGCGUGACGCCGACGCGUUCGUUACGGCUGGAGAACCAUCGACCGGUAGCAGCGGAGGUGGCAAGAGGUUUGGAAUGUUUGCAAAGAGGGGGUCGUCGCCAAAGGCAGUCAAUAGGACGACGGCGUCGGAUACGCAGCUGGACCUCAUUGCUUCCCGGACGAGCGUGGCGAGGCAGAGAGAACUCACUCCGCUUGUUGCGCACGACCUUGCUCCAACAGUUUCCCCCAGCACUGCCAGCCCGCAGGACGCACUCGACCCCUUUGUCGAUCAGCAAACACCCAACAGCUCAAUGUCUCACAAGCACCCCUACCCCCCGACGCCAUCAUCUCAGUCAGCAUACGAUCCUGGAUUUGCUGGUCUCGGGGCGGGAAGGACACUGAAUGGGGGCCGACAACCGUCGCCGGUCACACCGAUCACACCUGUGGGCGGAGAGAGGAUGGGGAGGAAUUCAAGUAUGGAUGCGCUCCUGCCGGCAGGAUCUGUAUACCAUGAUCCGCCUACAAGAGGACACGAUGCGGGUUUGGAAUCUGCUGGCGAAGCGUCUCUCCCAUCUGGGCCAGACUCUGGUGGAUAUGCGACCGAGUCGUAUUACCGCCCUUAUAUGCGCCAACAAUCUGGGCCUCUUGUCCUACAUGACCCUACUACAAGGGAUGUGGAUGCUUCAACAGAGGGCGGUGGAGAUGAAGAGGAUGUGACGGAUCUCAAGCGCGACACGCUCGCGACUACGGGCCAACAGCCUCAGAUACGUCUACGUACUGCCCAGAGCAGACAGGGAUCAGCAGGUUCUGGUCCGCCUUCUGCAACGGUGAGGCGGAGACGGCAGGAAGAGCAGGAAAUGGAGUUUAUGGUGCAUCGGGAUGCUGGACGCGUGGUACCUCCGCGCAGUGCGAAUGUGCUCGAGCUUCCCCCGAGAUAUGAAGAGGUGCAGUGGACGGAGGAAGAGAGAAGGGAGAGGGAGGAGCGAGAGCUGGAGCGUGACAGGGCGCGGGAGCAGCGAGAGCGGGAAGAGCGGGGGACGCGGUAG